GUCCAAAUAAAAGUGUUCCAACAAUUAGGGGUAUUUUGUAUUUUAUUGUAUCAUGAAGAUAUCAUAAUUUAUUCUUUGAUUAUUAGAGAUUGAUGAUUGAACGCCGUGAGAACUUACUUCCCAAGCCCAAAGGAAUAUUUCCCUGUUUUUGCAUUGGCCAAAAUGACGAAAAGUACUGCGAGCUUCAGAUUCAUUUUGUAAUAGUCUUCUCUAGGCUGCUCUUCUCUUGACGAUCUGAUGUGGAAUAACAUUAAGUCUCCAACUGUCCAGCUUUUUAAUACGUAUCUGAUUAUGUCGCGUGUUUUGGUUCUAGAAAUUUUCCAUUUAUUUUUGUUUCACCUAAUCCGAUUCUAAUUUCCGGAACAGCGUUCCAGUUGGAUUAUUUAGGGGCUUCAUCGUUUUAGGACAAAUAUAUGUGAGAGAUAUUGAAAUUAGAACAAGCUUCAGAGGAAUUUUGUUUUAGUGAAAAUGUAUUUACCCAUCUUACCAUGAGUACAUUUUUGGUUUUCAUAGUAUUCAGAAAAGAUACAUAUUUGCAAAGCUUAAUUUGAAUAUUUGUAUCGAAUUCCAGACUAAGUCAUAUUGUGUUACUAGUGUCUGAUAUAGCACUUGAGCGACCAUUACUAAUCUCUAUCUCAUCUAAACCCAAAAUGUAAAACACGCAUUUCCUCUUUAGCAAUUGUUAGUUCCAUUCAAUGUUUAUUAGGUCAUUCACAUCCCAAGGGGAAUUAUAAUUAUAUAUAAUUAAUUGUUUAUUUUAUUCCCUUUCAUCUCCAAUUCUGAUUCCAUUCUAGAAUAGGUGCCUUUGUUUACCAGCUAGUUAAGACCAUCCCAAAUCAUGCCCUGGGGAGCUGCUGCUCGUCCCAUUUCUUAAUUUCGGGGCUUUAUCUGUGACCCUGAUGGGGGAAUUCGUUUUUGGGUUAAAUCAAUUUGGUCAAGUUCUUAGACGGCUGCCCCUUGAAUCGAUAUAUUGAUUUUAAUUGGAUUCGGCAGCCCAAGACGCACACGAAUGGCCCAGGUGGGACUCGGCUUGUGCCCAAUCAUCUAAUUCAACAGUGAUUCCUUUGACGUCCGCACACGAGGGCGGGACUCAUAAGUUAUUUAAGAGCUCCUAAAUGGCUAGCCGUUGUCCUCGUUUUUCUUUUGCCUUCCGUGCAGUUGCAUCCGGAGAAUGUGCGAAGAGCUGACCAGCCCGUCCGCCUAAGCAUGAACCGCUACAUCACGCUGACCCAACUGGGCGAUGGAACCUACGGCACCGUGGUCCUGGGCCAGCGAAAGGACACCGGCGAGAAGGUGGCCAUCAAGCGAAUGAAGCGCAAGUAUUACUCCUGGGAGGAGGCCAUGAAUCUGCGCGAGGUCAAGUCCCUAAAAAAACUUUCGCACCCAAACAUCGUCAAGCUGAAGGAGGUGAUCAGGGAGAACGACACCCUAUACUUUGUGUUUGAGUAUAUGAAGGAGAACCUCUAUCAGAUGAUCAAGGAUCGGGACACGCACCUGCCCGAGCCGGAGCUGAAGAGCAUUCUCUUCCAGGUGAGCUGGCUUCGCGUAGUCUUGCUAGGACAUUCUAAAAAUAUUUAUUUUCCGCAGGUUCUGACCGGCCUGGCCUUCAUGCAUCGUCACGGCUUCUUCCACCGCGACCUAAAGCCGGAGAACCUACUCUGCUCCGGUCCGGAACUCAUCAAGAUAGCCGACUUUGGCCUGGCCAGAGAGAUUCGAUCACGACCGCCGUUCACGGACUACGUCUCGACGCGUUGGUACCGGGCGCCGGAGGUGCUCCUGCACUCCACCAACUAUGGCAGCACCAUCGACCUCUGGGCGAUGGGCUGCAUCAUGGCCGAGCUCUAUACCUUCCGACCGCUCUUCCCGGGCAGCAGCGAGGUGGACCAGCUCUUUAAAAUUUGCUCAGUGCUAGGCACGCCUGAAAAGAACGAUUGGCCCGACGGAUAUCGCCUGGCUGCCAUGAUCCACUUCCGCUACCCGGACUGCAUCAAAGUGCCACUAAGCAGCGUCGUCAGUCGCUGCAGCCAAAACGGUCUCGACCUGCUGGAGGAUCUGCUGGCCUACGAUCCCGACAAGCGGCCGACAGCCCAGCAGAGCCUCAAAUAUCCGUAUUUCCACGCCCUCAAGCGGAUCUCGCCCACCGCCGCCACCAAGGCAAAUGUGCGGCUCAACUCCAAGUAUGCGCCAAUGUCAAAUGGCCAUCAGCAGGGGCAGGCCGUCUCAAACAACGUGCUUCCGGUGCAGGAGAAGCUGCAGGCGGUCACCGAGAUGCUUCACCAAAGCAACAACAACAACAGCAAUAGCAACUCCAAUCUCGGCAAGAACAGUAAUCUGAGCAACGGCAAGGCGGCUGCUAAAAACGGGGGAAUGCCGCGGAAGUACCAACCUAAGCUUAGCUUCCUGACCAGCCACGAGAUGGGUGCCGGUUCCCUGGCGGACUCCUCCAGCCUUGGCGGCGCCACAGCAGACGGUGUCCAGGUGCAGCAGCAGCAGCUCCAGAACGGAGGCGAGUCGAUAAACGACAUAUACUUAAACCGCAACAUCUCACAGCUCUUCGGUCUGCCGGCGGGACCCCAGCACCACCAGCAGAUACACCAUCCGAACGUCUCCUUCAGCACGACAUCGUCCCGAAAUGCCGGUGCCAUCUACGUUAACGGCAGUCACCUCAGCUACGACACGGCCAACAUGAAUGCCAAGAACAAUGCCAAGAUCGUGGUGGGCGCCGCCAACGGAGGUUACUAUGUGCCGGUGGCCAGGCAGUCGCUCCUGGCUCCCGAGGCCAAGGUCUACAACGUGUUCUCCAAGGUCAGUGCCAGCCAGGCACCACCGAGCAUCAUAGUUCGCCAGCCACAGCUGCAGCAGGAGGCCGGAGCAGCGCCCAUGCGACUCUCGGGAAGAACCCGAGCACCGAUCCAGGACUCAAACCUGGGAGCCUUAAAGUCGGACGAUUUGGACCUGAUACUUGGCUCCAAGCUGAAGACCUCCGCCAAGCGGCAACGCAACGCCAAGGCCAACAUUCUCCUGGAGGAUCUGUUCGGGCAACUGUCCAUGGACUCGGACAGCGACAGCAAGUACCCGCACACGGUGCCACCCACGCAGCAGGCAAAGAACAGCCAGACGUCCACGGGCGGGCCUCGGGAGCGGGAUCUGUUUGGGGAGAGCUAUCUGCCCAGGCCGGGACUGCGGAAGAAGGCCACCCAGAGCAGCCUGGAGGUGAACAACGGCAGCCACGCGGACUCGCUAGCUCAAAACACACAAAAGGAGAAGGCCGCUGCGGCAGCCAGCUUCCCCUGGGAUGAGACCAACAAGACGGAGGACGAGAAGCUGACGGCUUGGAUGGUGGCCGAGAACGGUAACUUGGUUUUGGGUUUGGGUCCUCAGCAAGCGUAGAAGUCGAGAGCACCCCACUCCACUCCUCUCACAGUAGUUAAGACCCCAUUGGAACUAGCAUUUGGUAGCGUAAAUUCAAAGAGCACCGCUGGGUAGUAAUUAGGACUGGAGCUUACACUUUCCCCCCACUGUCCUAUUCCCAGGAUCGCUGCUGGAGAACAAGUUCUGAGGAGAUGAUCGACCUGCGAAAUGCCGCUGUACCUGAAACCGAAUGAAGUUAAUUCACGUGCCUUUCCGAACUGAAUCCAAAUCACGAAGCCAUCGAGCCAUGGAAUCAUCGAAUGGUCGGCGCCGCGUGUAGAGUUAGUCUAGUCUCUCGAUAUAAUGUUAUUGCUGUGAUACAACUAAGCUAGACUCUAUUGUGUAAAAUAUGGCCUACGAACUCGAGCCUCGCCUCGAGUAUAGGGUGUGUAAACUAAGCUACUAUACUAAAAUAUAAUCCG